GGACGCAGAAACGUUCGCUAGUCGACCGAUUAGCUCAUCGGCUUCGCUUUCCGUCAGCGUCUCGUUCCGUGCCGUGAGCUCCGCGAUGACGUUGUCCCUGGCCUCGUCCAGCAGUCGCCGCAGUUCCUGUCGCUGGGCGGCGGCCUGAGCCACCGAUUCCUCCUCGUUCGGUCUCUCCGCCAGAGUGAAGACGAGUCCCCCAAGCAACAGAUACACCACCCACACGAUGAACCAGGUCAGCGUCUUCCAGCCGGGUCCCCACGAGCAGAGAGACCUCCUCGUACACUUCCUAGGGUUCUCCUCUUCCCUCUCCUCCUCCGCGUCUUCCAUGGUGUGUAGGGCGGCGUCCAGUAAUAGCCCCACCCAUCUUUUUUGCAUAAUGACACGCAUGCGCAGCUUCUAUGCUCUCGUCACUUGGCAUUGACACUAAGGUGUAGCCGUAGAUUUGCAGUUGAAAGAGACGACACGUAUCCAGCCGAUGAAGAUAGCCGUGAAAAAACUGCUGGAAAGUUGACAAAAUUUCACCGCCAAAUCCCCGACCGUCUGCCCCGCCCCCUUCUCUCCAGUCGGGCGGUAGUCGCGACGUGUCAUCAUGAGCUCUACUGACUCUGGUCGCUGCCUCUUCGCAGACCAGUUUUGGUACGCAGGAGCCAUCAGCGAGAGAAGAUGCGAAGAGAUACUAGCCAAGACGGGCAGCCCAGGAGCGUUCUUAGUGCGAGACUACCUUCUCCCUGGAGCCGAAUACAACUACAUUCUCUCUGUCUUUACAGGGAGGGAGAUACUGCACUAUGAUGUGACUGUUUUCCCAACUGAAGAGUGCGAGUUAAACGGCUACUCAUUCACCAGUCUUCCCGAGGCCAUCGCCUUCUACACCGACAAUAGACUCAACGACCACUACCUUUCUCUGCCUGAAAGACCGGUGGUUGCUGAAAUUGUUCAUAGAGGGACAACACCGAAAAACAUAGCAACCCAGCCAGCCCCUCCCCCUCGUUCCACGCCACUCCAGGUGCCAGAGCAGCAGUCGCAGUGUGCAGACAUAAUGUCUGUGCUUCCUUCGUCAUCCCCCCUCCCCUCCUCCGCCUCCCUGGAGGAGAACUCGGGCAGGUGGGGACCGGCCAGUAGUGGAGACACCUCAGCCAAUAGCUACAGUCUUCCAACAACGUCCCACAUUGCUAAUGAGAGUCCCAAUAACCAACAGGAUCUCCCGAGUUCAGUCCCAGAUACAACUACCAGUGUUACUGGAGCUGACAAGAAGGCUCCCGAGAAUGCCACCACUGCAGAAAGCUCAUCAAAUAAUCCAAAUUCCCCGUUCGAUGAUGUCAUAUCUUUCUCAACCUUCCACCCUGCUCCCAGCAGCCGAGGAGAGCCUGCGAACGUUGAGAACACGUCUCCCUCUGUACUGCAGUCCCCAGAGCCACCCCAGGCAGCUCCAGUAGACGAGGGUAAGCAAUCUCAACUGGUGGGAACUUCUGAUGGUGGAUCUCAACAGAUUCAGCCAAACGGCUCAGAACAGAGAGAGACUGGGCAAGGUCGAGCUCCGCCGCCCGUACCAGUGAGAGGGUCCUCUGUGUUGGUAAUGACAGCGGAACCUCUUCAGGGAGAGAGGGAGGAAGAGUCUGCAAAGUCUCCCAGUCAAUUGGAACCAGUGAGAACGGAGGAAAUCUCUACAGCAGUGAGCAGCGGUGGGUCGCUGGGGAACGAGGAUCUGUCUGAGGCUCGCAGGAAGCUGAAGCGUAUCCCCUCCAUCCAGGAGAGGAAGAGACGGCUGGAGGCACAGGUGAACACUGCUGGCACACCACAGAGCCAAUCAGCGGGGGAGAAACCUGGUCGUUUAGUCAUUAGCGAGGCUCUUGGGGGUGUGUCUGCUGGCAUGCCAGGCUCCCAGCAUCCUCUGCUGGUAAAGAAACAGGAAGAGGCAGCGGCGAGGAAGAGGGAGGAGAGGGAGCGAGAGGAGCAAGAGAGGCUGGAGAUGGAGAAGAAGGAGAAGAAGGAGAAAGAGGAGAGAGAGAGGAUAACUCGAAGGUUUCCCUUCAAGAGGUCGGUGAAGGGGAAGAAAGAGGAGAAAGGAAUGGAGGCAAAGGAGCAGGAGAACAGGCGGUCCAUGACAGAGUCCGAGAGAGAUGAACUCCAGAAUGCUUUCCAGCGUGUCAUCAAGAGCAGACCGACCAGCCCCGAGUCUCAUUCUCUGGCUCUGGUGGAAGAGGGGCAGCUUGAGAUGCAGAGCCCCGCGGAAAAGAAAGACGAAGAAGAAGAAACCAGGAAAGAAGAGGUUGAUGAGGGAAAGGUUGACGAGGAAGUGACUCGGCCAGCCGUCACUAACGCAGACCCCGCCCCUCAACCUCCACCUCCCACGUGCCAACCUCCUCCCCCACCACCGCCAAGGUCCGGUGGAUCCUCACGAUCCAGCACCCUCGAUCGCACCACGAAACCACCACCCUCCUCCAGUCCCCCGUCCCUCCCUGGCUCCAUCGAUAGACGCACCCGGCACGGGAGCAAACCCAGCACACUGGAGAGGACCAGUCGCUCGGGGAGCCGGCCAGGGACUCUGGAGAGGAAGAACCCUCCCCCAGCACCCACCUCCCACCCUCCUCCAGUCCCAGAAGACGUCAGGAAAGAGCAACAGACGAGAUGUCAGAGGUUGCCGAGUGUAGCCGGUCACGGAUUCUCUGGCGGGAGGCUGGAGCUGGCGGACCUUAUUCCAGGAGUGUCUCGCCGAGUUCUCACCGAGCAGACUCCCUCCUCAUCCUCCACAUCUCCUCCGCGGAGGUACACCAUUACCAACGGACAAGCUGGACCCAGCCCAGGACCCAUCAACGCCAAGAGGAGUGUCAAAGAAAGGAGAUCAAGCAGCAGAAGAGGCCAUUUCUAACACUCUCACCUACAUUUUCAGCACAACUAGCGCCGAUUUUGUCAAAUGCAGUAAUAUUUAUACCAUGCACACUUAUGCUGCCAUUUUAUGUCUUUCUUAUGGAUGCAUUAACGUUUAUGACACCUA